AUGGAAAAAGAUGAUGAUCACAACACGGCGGUUUCUCUUUCACCUAGCUUCAGUACUUACUCCGGCGAUCGACUCUGCGAGAUCGCCGAACGAGUUGUUCGGACAUUUUCGGACGACGGUUAUAAGGAAAACGGAGACGAGGAAUUCGAAUUUGCGAUUCUCCAAACGUCGUCUUCUUCUUCUUUUUCCGGUGGACUUAUAUUCCCUGUUUUUUAUCAGAAUCUCGUCUCCGAAACAAUCGCCGUUGAAUCUGAACCGAUUUUGGCUCCGUUGAAAGAUCUGUUCCACCGUCAACGUAACGAUCCACCACCGCAACAGAUUUACUCGUCUUCGUCGGAUGAAGAAGAUGAUGAGCUAGACGAUAUCCCGAGCGAGAUCUAUUGUCGAUGGACACCGGCGAGAUCUACGGCGGAGAUGUCACCAAGUGGAGGUUGUAGAAAAAGUAAAUCUACUGGAUCUUCUUCGACAUCGUCAUGGUCGAGGAAACGGUGGCGUAUUAGAGAUUUACUUAAGAGAAGUCGUAGCGAUGUUUUACUUGAGGAACAAAGCGAUGAAAGAAGAAGACAAGAGAAAAUCAUAUCUACCGUACAAGCAAGAUCUCUUUGGACUUUUCUCGAAUAUUAA